AUGCGCAAAAAUAUUAAACGGCACAAUAAAUUGAACGCUAAAAAGGUGGGCGAAAAUACAGUAAUUGACAAUAGUUCAAUUCACUCGUCGAGUGAGGAAAGCAAAGAACGCGGUGUAAAGCCAAAUAAACCUCUUAACAAACGCGGUAAAGGAAAUACUAAGACGAUACCGUAUGAAAAUAAUCUCAAUGGAAACUUUGGAAUUCAGAAUAACCGGUAUGAUCCAGGUUGGCAAAACAACCAAGACGUUAGAAACCAAGAAAACACUAAACGUCCGUAUGGAAACCAGCGAAUCAGACCAAAUCAAAUACAGUCAAAACCAGUGACAUUUAAUGACUGGCGCAAUGGCAGAAAUCAGAACCUGAACGUAGACUCGAGCGAUGGUGGUAAAAAAGUGACAAGAACGCCGGGCAAAAGAGUUAAAUAUAACGGUGAUAAUGGAUUGCCCUCGUCCCAGUCUAACGCUCCUAAAUCGAUGACCUUUAAUAACAGUAACAAUACAGGAUAUGCAACUUAUAACCAAGGUGGUGUAAACAUUAACUUUAGAAAUGGUGCAAUGAUGAUCAACGGCAAAAAAGUCCCAGGACUUAAAGCAAACGUAGAAGCAGUGAUCGAAUACGGUAAAGGUGAACUUAAGGUCAACGGAGUAAGUCAAGCAGUGUUCGACGGAAUACAAGGAUGCGGAAGAAUAGUAGUUUUAGGAGAUAGUUUUUCACACACAGUUUACGACGAAGACGAAGAUAGUCGGAUUGGCCAAGGCUUUACAAACUUAGGUAAUAUUUCAAGAAAGAAACCCAAAUAUCAAAACAACAACUUUAUGACAAAUACAGGAAAUAAUAAUACGGGGAAUAUUAAUUCUGGACUCAAUAAUAUUGGGAAUAUUAAUUCUGGACUCAAUAAUAUGGGGAAUAUUAAUACUGGAAAUAAUAUAUCUCAUAUUGGAGGUGCAUCAUUCGGAAACAACUAUAAUGGCAGAAAACGUCCAGCAGGAAUGGUAAAUGUACCUAUGGGUAACGGUGGAAUGAUAGCCGGUGGUCCAAAUGGUUUACAAGUGGGUAACGGCAGAGUGAAAAUCGGCGGACCAAAUGGUGUACAAGUGGGUAACGGCGGAAUGAAAAUCGGCGGGCCAAAUGGUGUACAAGUGGGUAACGGCGGAAUGAAAAUCGGCGGACCAAAUGGUAUAGCAAUAGGUCCGAACGGGAUGAAUUUUGGCAAUCUAUUCGGAAACUGGUGGAAAUAGAAUAUUAGUUUAAGAAGAAAUUGUAUUCAGAAUCCAAAAUAAGCAAAACACAACCUCAAUAGUUAGAAAGUUAAAUAUUAAGACAACAGCUAGUCGUAGUUUUGAAACAGUAUAAAGUAUAUUUGAUUCUUUAAGCUUUUAUUAUUGUACAAAUAUCCCAGCGACAAAGCUAUAGACUUAACCAAAUAAGAAACAAACUAAGAAAAUCUAUUCAAAAACAUAAAAACGACUCUAAUAGUUCUUACAAAGUU